UCCAACAAACCGCAGUGCGCCAUGGAGUUCGUUCUGUAAAGUUCGUACAUGCUCUUGUCGCGGUAGAUGAAGUACUUAACUUAAACAACCGGUUCUUUUUCAGUUUCCAUAUAGAAUUAGCGAUCUAGUUUCUGUUUUGUGUAUUAGCCUGCCGGGGUAGACAAUCGCCAGCCAUGUUUUGUAGCGUUCCAAAGUUUUGACCAGUAAUUAGCUGGCUAUCAGUUUAGAAAAACAAGUAUUUAAAUGAAAGCAAGUAGGGUAUUGAUAUCGUUGCCACUUCACAGCUGAGGGUGACCGCCACUUCAGGAAGGCCAUGCCGGAAUAUGCCAAAAUGAAAAAGCCGGACGUUAAACUGGUCAUCCUAGGCGACAUGAACGUUGGAAAAACCUCACUGCUCCACAGGUACAUGGAAAGGAAAUUUAAAGAGACUAUCAGCACUGUUGGAGGAGCGUUCUUCUUGAAACAGUGGGGACCGUACAACAUCUCCAUCUGGGACACCGCAGGUCGGGAGCAAUUUCAUGGCCUGGGUUCCAUGUACUGCCGGGGCGCGGCCGCCAUCAUCCUCACCUAUGACGUCACCAACUGGCAGAGCCUGGCGGAGCUGGAGGACCGCUUCCUGUCUCUGACAGACACGGCCAACAGCGACUGCAUCUUCGCCGUGGUGGGCAACAAGGCUGACCUCACCGAUCCGGAGGCGGGGCUGAAGGAGGAGGAAGGGGAGGAGGAAGGGGGGGAGGGGGAGAAGGCGGAGCGCCCUGCACAUCCGCCUCCCUCCCCUGUGGCCCGCCGGCAGGUGCACCGCGAGGACGCCAUAGCACUGUACGGCCGCAUCCUGCGCUACAAGAUGCUGGACGAGCGGACCAGCCUGCCAGCGGAGAAGAUGUGCUUUGAGACCAGCGCCAAGACGGGCUACAAUGUGGACCUGCUGUUCGAGACGCUGUUCGACAUGGUGCUGCCCUCCAUCUUGAAGAAGCGGUCUGGAAACGACUCGCCCACCGUCGACCUGGAGGAAUGCCACAGCGCCAAAAGGACUAAAGCAGGGUGCUGCUCUUAAGCCGCGUGCUGUGGACGCUCUGGGGUGGGGAGGGGGUGUCAGUGUGCCUUGUACUCUUUGUGUUUCUGUCCUGGAGAUUCCAUUGCCUGUGUGUGGAUUACAUAGAAACAUACACAUACAGCCCUUUGCAUUAUAAAUGACAAUCAUAGAAAUGACA